AUGGCCUCUAGUAUAAGAAAGAAUUUUCUAACACUUUUUCUCGCCGGCCUUCUCGCGGGGGCACUGCCGCUAUUGGCUGUGGGUCAGAACUGCGGUUGUGCUGCAGACCUGUGCUGUAGCCAAUAUGGUUAUUGUGGCACUGGAAAUGACUAUUGUGGCGCAGGGUGCCAGGAGGGCCCUUGUUUUGCACCACCCAGUACUAAUGAUGUUUCAGUUGCUGAUAUCGUGACAGAUGCUUUCUUUAAUGGGAUUGCUAAUCAAGCUGGCUCCGGUUGUGCCGGGAAAGGCUUCUACACACGAGCGGUAUUUCUGGAAGCCCUGAAUUCAUAUUCACAAUUUGGCAGGGUUGGUUCCAUUGAUGAUUCUAAGCGUGAGAUCGCAGCUUUCUUUGCUCAUGCCACUCAUGAGACUGGACACUUUUGCUAUAUAGAGGAGAUAGAUGGUCCUUCUAAGGACUAUUGCGACGAGUCUAAUACACAGUAUCCCUGUGCACCUAACAAGGGUUACUAUGGACGAGGUCCACUUCAACUAUCAUGGAAUUACAACUAUGGGCCAGCCGGAAGGAGCAUAGGGUUCGAUGGACUAAACAAUCCUGAGAUCGUCGCCACAGACAGCCUUGUGUCCUUCAAGGCCGCCUUGUGGUUUUGGAUGAAUAGAGUUCACACCAUCAUAACUUCUGGCCAAGGGUUUGGAGAAACCAUUCGUGCCAUUAAUGGCCGACUUGAAUGUGAUGGUGCAAAUCCUGAUACUGUAAAUGCCCGUGUUGCAUAUUACACAGACUAUUGUAGCCAACUUGGUGUUUCUCCCGGGGAUAAUCUGAGAUGUUAGGAUCCAAAAUUUCUUAGUACGUUUUUCUUUUUCCUUGUACCUUUUUUUUUCUGCCGAGGCCUGAGAGCUUUAAUAGAAAUAAAGAAUAAUACCAAGUAGGAACCUUGUUUAGGUUUCUGUUGAUUAUUUACAUUAGUUUUCGACAAAACAAAUCUGACAUGUAGGGAAAUAAGUGUACUGUGAUGCUGCUUGUAUACAAUUGUUGGCC